UGGCUGAAGAUUGGAAUCUUUUUUUUAUUUUUUAGAUUGGAAUAAUUUUGCCAACGGUCGCGGGAAGCGGAGCAGUGUUGUCUGAACAAAUUGUGACCAUUUUUCGGGUAAACAAAUAGUCGACUGGAGUAUUUUCACAGCUAGACACGUACUAAACUCGUUUUUAUGUAGUAAAUAAACGCUCAGCAUAAUAUAUCGUGUGUUUGCCAGUGCGGUGUGCUCCUCAUGGGACUAAGAUAACGCGUUACCGUGCUACUGUAGCUAGCUAACCGUUUUAACGUAUUUGCAAAGUUAGUGAGCAAACGUUAGCUAAGUUAUUUAGCCACGUCAUUUUGGAUUACAAAUUGACUCAAGGUUGUAGCGCCAUGGGCACACGGAUGUCAAGCUACUCGGGAUAAUUUGAAACGAUUUGGCUAACUAGCCACUUUUACAUUAUAGCCAACUUUACUGCGCCUGGGAAGUGAUGAGUUUCAGUUGCCGAAUGUUCGUCAGUACGUCCCCGAAGAUGGGACCUAUUCGACAGAGACUAGACUUCAACCAGAGUGACGGAGAGGACGAUGGCAACAACAGCAUUGGAGCCGAGUCGAGUCUCGCCGAAAUGGACUCCCCAGUGCAAUCACCGAGACAGAACUCCUACUUAAACCAAGACGUAUGUAACAGCACCAUGAAGACCGCUACCGCGGAGGAUCGCGUUGAACAUUGGGAUGAGGAGGGAUUUGGAUGUCUUUUCCCCCUAAAAUCACCAGGGACUGACUUGAUGAAGGGGUCACUUUCUCCGAGAAAAGGGUCCCGGCACUAUUACAACAGCUCGUCCCCGGAAUUUUCCUACAAUCAGGAGGAUGGAAGCUCUCCCAUUCCCGGUUGUCCCGACACACCGCCCCAUAAAACCUUCAGAAAACUCCGGCUAUUUGAUGUCCCACACACACCUAAGAGUCUGUUGUCCAGAGCCAGGGCAGUGGCCAUAGGAUCCACAGUCUGCGGGGUAGGAGUAGGUGUCAACAUGAAUGGGGACUCAACAGGCAGACCACACACACACAGCAGGAGUAGACCGGCACCCAUGAUCAACAUCAAUCCAUUCACCCCUGACUCAUUACUGAUCCAGAGAGCAACGUUACAAAGGAGCAACCGAAAGAGAUCACAGAGGAAUGACUCAUGUGGAGAGGACAUGGAAGCCAGUGAUGCGGAGUGUGAAGAGGACAUCGUUCCACCAUCAAAGAGAAUGACUCUUCUGGAUAGCAACAUGAUGUCAAGAUAUGCCACAGAGUUUCAUGAGCUGGAGAAGAUAGGAUCUGGGGAGUUUGGCUCUGUCUUCAAAUGUGUGAAAAGACUUGAUGGCUGCAUCUAUGCCAUCAAACGCUCAAAGAAGCCCCUCGCUGGAUCUGUAGACGAACAGAAUGCACUCAGGGAGGUGUAUGCCCACGCGGUCUUGGGACAGCACCCCCAUGUGGUGAGGUACUACUCUGCCUGGUCAGAGGAUGACCACAUGCUCAUUCAGAAUGAGUACUGUAACGGUGGCACACUGGCAGACGUGGUCACAGAGAACUACAGAACCAUGCGCUUCUUCUCUGAGCUGGACCUCAAGGACCUUCUCCUUCAGGUGGCCCGUGGACUGAAGUACAUUCACUCCACCUCUCUGGUUCACAUGGACAUCAAGCCAAGCAACAUCUUCUUAUCCCGAAGGACUGUGGUGUGUGUCGAUCAAUUUGACGAUGAUGAAGGACCAAAUACAAAUGUUGUUUACAAAAUAGGUGAUCUUGGCCAUGUGACCAGAAUGGACAAUCCUCAAGUUGAAGAAGGGGACAGCAGGUACCUGGCCAAUGAAGUCUUACAAGAGGACUACAGAAACCUCACCAGGGCAGAUAUUUUUGCCCUAGCACUGACUGUGAUCAGUGCCUCAGGAGCUGAACCACUCCCAACUAAUGGUGACAAGUGGCAUGACAUCAGACAAGGAAAACUACCUGCGAUACCUCAAGUGCUCUCACAGGAAUUCCCAAGUUUACUGAAGUUGAUGAUCCACCCUGACCCUGCCAGUAGGCCGUCUGCCUCUUCCCUCACCAAGCACCCCGUCCUCCUCACUGCCUCCCGCAUGAGCGCUGACCAGCUCCGUGUGGAACUCAACGCAGAGAAGUUCAAAAAUGCACUACUACAGAAGGAGCUGAAGAAAGCCCAGCAGGCCAAAGUAGCCGCAGAGGAGAAGGUUCUGAUCUCUGAUAGGGUCCUAACGCGCUCUACCCUUCAGUCCAGCAGGAGCUCCAGGCUCAUCGGCAAGAAGAUGAACCGCUCAGUCAGCCUGACUAUCUACUGAGCGUGCCAACUGCCAACCCAAAUGGGUAUCCGACAGGGUUGUGUUCACUAGAUGCGACAUGGGGGGGUGGACAGGCCAAAACGGAGUGGGACUACCUGAAAUUGUCCAAUUAGACAUGCUUAUUUUUUGUUGCUAAACUUUUUCCUACUGUGUGCUCUAAUGAAUACGACCCUGGUUGUACUCAACAGUGAACUGGGCAGGCCUCCCUAGGCAGACAUGGAGAGAUGGGCUUCAGAGUGUCAAAACUGACUAUGAUAGUUCUUACUGUUUGACACGUGGAAAGGGUUAGUAAGACCAUGGACAAAAAUGAUUUGACUAAAGAGUGAAAGGGUUGUUACCUUCCCAAGCACUUUGCAUUUUCUGCCAGUUUGAAUUAAAUAACAAAGCCGAUAUUUGUUUUUAAUUAAAUGUGGGCGGAUGCUAGAAAAUUCUGUAGCCAGUGUGCGGGUUUGGGAUGGUGUGAUACAAAUUUGCACCUUAGUCUGUUAUACCUGAUGUCAGGUAGUGGAACUGGACCAUUGACUAGGAAUGAUUCAAUGAGCACUUUGAACUUGCCUUAUGUAAACAGUUGGUAGAGCAUGGCGCUUGUAAUGCCAGGAUUGUGGGUUUGAUUCUCACGGGGGACCAGUACGAAAAAAAGUAUGAAAGUGUAUGCACUCACUACUGUAAGUCGCUCUGGGGAAGAGCGUCUGCUAGAUGUAAAAAUGCAUACUGCUGCUAUAUAUGUUGGUUUGUCUUGAACUGGAGUGGAGUUCAGUGAAUUUAUAAAUUCCAUUCAGAUAUUUUAGAAUAGUUUCAGUAAUCAAUCUCUUCUUUAAAACAUGGUGUUUCAAUGUGUUGCAUCUAAUACAUUUCCUAUCUGAAGUUCAUUAUGUACUUUGUUGUGUACACUGAUUGUUUAAGAUGUUUUACUCAUGUUAAUUAUUCAUGAUGAGUCAUCCAAUCUGUGUAAUGGGUUAGGUCGAAGUGGAUCAUUGUGUCAAGCCCCGGUGUCAUUUAUUUUAUAUAUGAUGCAUAGAGCCACUGGACAAUUGUUUUAGUAAAGUCAGUAUUUUAAGCUUGCACCUAACAUCGCGACUGUAGCAUUAUUGACUCAUUUACAUUUGUACAUGUUUUACAACAAUGUAGAUUUAGACUGCUAUUGGUUUCAUGUUACUUGUUCCAAUUUUAAUAAAUUCACUCCCGAUAAUAUGGA